GGCUGGUGUCAGAAGUAACCAGGCUGAAGCCAUGCUCUGAAAGAACCUGUGCAGGGAGAGAAAGACCUGUUUGAGACCGACCUGAAAGCUCUCCCAGGGGAAAGAGCAGGGGGUUCCAAUGAUUCCUGUAGUUUACUGAGCUCUUGUAAAGAAGCAACCGUUUUUCCUGACCUUGACACUCAAGCAUUUUUGAUGGUUCUAGAAGUACCCAUUUUCAGGUAUUAAAUACCUUUCUGUUUGAGAUACAUGAUUGUUUUCUAUUAUUUUCCUGAAAGAAUCCUGACUGAUACAGUAUUUGGUACUGAAAGUGGUUCCAGGAAAUACAACUGCAAAGAUGGAGGGAAAUCUAAGAUGUGUUGUUAGGCAUGGAUUAGCUUGAAGCCAAUAAUGACCUCCUGGCUAGUGGAAAAUGGGUUUCUGGUAGUCCAUGGCAUGCAAUGUCUUAAGUUAUGGCCUGUCAUUCAUGGAAUCAAUUGCCUGUUAAAAGACACCAAGCACCUUUUUGAUAGAAUACUCUGGUGGAAGAGAUAAGUACAAGGGUUAAAGUUACUGAAUGCAAUGGAAAAUUUACAGAAAAAAUACAGAACAAAAUACCCCAACAAUCUCAGGGCUUUAAAAUUUCAACUCAGAGGCAUAACUCAAAAGCACUGGAGAAGCAUCAGAGAAGCUUCUACAACUGCCCCUGAAAGAAUCUCUUAUCGUAGCAGAAAUUGAACCCAGAGUUGUUCCUACAAGGUGGCAGAAUUACAACCUAACUUGAAUUCACAGCCUCUUUAGGUGCUUCCUUGAAAGGUGAUUAAUGGGGAAGGACUGUGACCAGGAGUAUUGCACUGGGAAACUUGGGUAUGUUAAGAUGAAUCAGCGUACUUCACAACCUUAAAGUCCACUGAGCUUCCCUUCCUUUCCUUUCUGGGAACCUAGUCCCUUCUUGCUUGAAGACUUUGUAAAGACUCACCUGAAGAAAAUACUUUCCCAGGGAAUGCUGAUUCUCCCAUAGCCCACUACCCCCCAUCACCUCUCACAGCAGUCAUUAGAGUCAUCCCAGUAGAAUUCAUAGAAAUCAGUUCAAAUAUGACCCAGGAGAAGAUAGAAAACAUUAAAAUAACUGCAACAUUCUUCUAAUGUAUAUUUGUAGAAAUCUGAUGAUUAUGUCCAAGAAUGGAUUCUAAGGGACUUAGAAUUUGAUUUGACUGGGCCAAAUUUAUCAGUCUAUGUGCACUUAAGAGAAACUUUGAAUUCAGUGGUUUACCUAGAGCAGCUGGAAGUGGCUCUAUUUGGUUGAAGGACUAAAACCUUGGACCAAAAAAAUGGCCUACGUUAAACAGAAUUGCUUUCCAGAAUAUAAAAGAAGGAAUCCAAAGUCUUAGAUAAGAAUGCCAGAAUGGAUUUAUUGUGACCUGCUCCCCCAUCCUGUAACUCUAGUUUAUGAGAUUCCUGAGGAUGCUUUGUUAUAUCAGGCAUUGAAAAAUACAUUUCCAAGGAGAGCACCAGCAUCCUUGGAAGGCCCUGCUGUGGCCAUCAUCUGUAGGCUGGGGGUGAUGUAGCACAUACCCAUCUGGUGGAAAAUUGAUCACAGUUGACCCCUUCCCUCAUGGAGUAGUCAGCAAUUUUCCAUCACAGUAGUAGAUAUUUCUUUAUUCUGUCUAUGGAUGUGUCUCCCAGGCCCACAAGGCCUUUGCUGCCUCAUCACACAAAACUUCCCAAAUGCCUGGUUAUUCAUCACAAUGGUUUUGCAUUUGGCGUUAUUUCUUACAAACUGAUUAAAACGCGACAGAUUAAAAUGCAACAGACCUGAAGCAAUGCACUUGGUGCCCAUGGGAUUCACGGAUCUUCCCAUAGGCCCUACCACCCAGAAGCAGCAUGCCUGAUAGAACAGUGGAAUGGCCCAAUGAAGUUUAUGCAACUGAGCCUGUUGAGAUCUCAUGACAUGUGAGGAUGGAGUGCUCUUUUACAAAGUACUGUGUCUAUUAUGAAGCACAUUCAAUAGGAGCUGAUUCUUUUAUGGCCAGAAUACUUGGGUUUGGGAACCAAGGGAUAAGAAUGGGACUGGCUUCAUUUACUAUUGCACGUAAUGAUCCACACCCAAUAAAGUUGUGCUUCUUACCACUGCAACUUUGAGCUCUGGAGGUUUAGAGACCUUAGUUCCCAAGGGAAGAAUGUCUCUACCAGGGAAUACGAUGGUUUAUUGCAUGGAGAGUUGAGACUGCCACCUGGACAUUUGGAGUUCAUUACACCACUAAGCCAAUAGGCAAAGGGGAAGGUUAGUGUCCUGGCUGAGAAGACUGACCCCUAAUAUCAAAGAACAGAGAUUUGCUCCACACAUGGGGACAAGGAGGAAUAUGUCUGAAAUCCAUUACAUCCUUUGAAGAUGCUCUUUCUAUUUAAUUGUCCAAAGGGAGAAAUCAGUGGAAAACUAUAGCAACGCCAUACAGGAAAAACCAUCAAGAGCUCAGAAAUGAAUGUCUGGUCACCCCAAAAAAUAAAGAACAACAAUCAGCUGAGGUUCAAAUUGGAAGAAGGCCAACUGUGGCCUCAGGAUCAGUUGCAGACUUGAGAACAAUUGCAGCAGCCUGGAUUUUCAUGUUGUUUUAUGUAUUUGUAUAUACCAAUUUCCCUUUUUUCCUUCUUUUCCCCAAGUGUUCACAUUGGUUACAUUUAUUACUGAUCUUUAGAACAUAAGAUUGUGGUGGCCAUGGAGGUGUACCACCCAGAUCUACUUCAAAAGAACCUGCUGUGGGAAGCAUAGUUGAUGACGGCCUUCAGCUACUGCUCCUCCAGAUCCAUCAUAGCUGUCAGACCAACACUGCAUUUCUACGGAGUAUACCCAGCCAAUGGCUGAGAGUGGCAGGGUCCAACUUUUCUUGAACCAUUACUGCUCAACCUGGCACCCUUUGCUCAGGAAUUCUCAUCAACCUGGUCCAGACUUUCUCAGACUUGCAAUGGGGUCUGAAGAUGCUCUGCCUCCUCCUGUUCCCAAGAUCCUUUUUCCUUGCCAGGCAUUUCCACCAAUAAAUCUCUUUCACAUAUAAUUCAGUCUUGGCAUCGGCUCUUGGAGGACCCAAACUGACAGGGAUGUGAAGCUGAGAUUGUGAUUAAACAAUCUCACUCAAAGAUGGAUAUGAUGAUUUUAUGAGACUUUUCAGAGAGGAAAAGAGUGUUCUGUUUGCGUAGAGAAUAGUCAUAUUGUGUUAGGAGCAUGCUGUUACUAUUCUUGUUUUCUAGAAAUUUUAAUAAAGAAGGUUGUGUGCAUACGCUGAGCAGCCAAAGUGGUAGGCUUGCUAGAUCGUGUCUCAAUAGGCACUCAAAUCCAAUUCCCCUAAAUCCUAAUUCCAUUUUUCUGUGUCAUGUUGCAGCUGCCUUACUCUAGUAUUGUGGAUGCGAUUUUGGGUCCAAUGAGAUGCACUUACUAAUAUCUGCAGUGUACAAUGCAGGCAGCAGCAGCGCCAGCUAAAGCUGAGCUCUGGUAGAGUUGGAUUGGAUUUUUACAGUGACCUACCUCUUCAGUGUGAUAUUUCCUCAUGGUCAUCAGCUACAGGCUGUGAGACAGCCUGGGGGAGACAGGGUAGCCAUGUUUCCCACUACCUCCCAACUACUGGCUGGCGCACCAGCCUCCUGGCCUUAGGUCGCAGCCACAAUGACGUGACCUCCUAAAAUCCCUGGCAAGCUGGAGGAGCAGCCCUGUAACCAAGCCUGCUCUAAGGUAAGGGUUUCUGUUUACUAACCUAGAGCUGCUCUAUUCUUUCAUCCUUGUUCCCCUUUCAACUGUCUCACGCAAGUACUAAUUUUGCCAUUAAAUACGCAUUUUGUUUUGCAAAAUGAGAAGAGCUUAUAAAUACUUCAAAUUUUCUCCCUCUGUUUCACUUCUUUCCAUUUCUUUCUAAAAUUACAGUAAAAUAUUAAAUAUACAAAAUAUUUUUGUAUUUAUACAAAACAAUAAUACCAUAAAAUAAAACACUACAUAGUUGAAGCCCUCUGAGGAUCUCUCCAUUUCUUCCAGCCAUAACGAAUAUCCUGAACUUUGCGUUUCUUUUCCCUUUGUGGUUGUUUAUUUUUUCUACAUCUGAAUAUAUCCUUACACGUUUUUAAAAUUUAUAGAAAUAUCACACUGAAUACAUUUUUCUGUAACUUGCCUUUGCACUGCGUUGUGAGAUUCAGCUAUGUUGAUCUGUUUAACUCCAGCUGAUGUAUGUAAUCAUCCCUGAUGAUUAUUCUGUCGUUUGACUAUACCAAAAUUUAUUCAGGUCUCUGAUAAUGAGCAUUUAGAUUGGUUUGUUUUCUAUUUAUGAAUUUAGCAAUUAUGUGUUUCUAAUUUUUUGUUAUUAUAAACUAUGGUGCUAUGAAUAUUCCUGUAUAUGCCACCUUCAAAAUUUUAAAAUUUCAAAGUUUUUUAAAAUACAGUCAUGUCAGGGUACGUUCUGAGAAAUGUAUCAUUAGGGAAUUUCAUUGCUAGGCACACAUCAAUGUAUGCAAAUCUAGAUGGCAUAGUCUACUACACACCUAGGCCAUAUGGUGUAGUGUGUUGCUCUGACCACCAUCAUAUAUGUAGUAGUUCAUCAUUGACCAAAAUGGCAUUCUGUGGCAUGUCUGUAUUAAAAUUUUUUAGUGCAAAACGAUUGUUUAAAAUCUGUUUUACAUGAAUGAUAGUUUUUAGUGUCAACAAUUUAAAUAUGGCACUUAUUUUUUCUCAGCACAUUGGUGGUAUUAUUCCAACAUCUUUUAGCUUCCCUUGCUGCCGUUGAGAAGUCUGUUGAUUUGAUACUUCUCUGGUGUUCGGCCUGGAAGGAUUGUUAAUGAUUUUACAAAGAGGAAGGUGGAGAUGAGAAGCAAAGUCAGUUGCUAAGUCAUUCCUCCAAUUCCCCUGAGCUUCCAGAACUCUGGGUCCAGACCCUGGGGAAUCAUUUUAGACAGCAUCUUUGCAGAACCAAUACACGGACUUGGAUUGAUCAAUUAUAAUCUCUUCAUUUCCUGAGUCACUGGCCCUAACUCAGCAUCCCUGGGGCCUCUAAGUCAACUCUCCAGGAGCCAGGAAGCCUCAUGGGAAAUUCAGGCAUUUCUCUCUCUGCGCAGCACACACUGAUUCCAAGGAAAAACUGUGGGUUCAGGACAGUCCCUACCCAGCAGCAUCCCUCCCAGAAGCAUUCUCUCACCUCCAGAUUUCCCAAGUGUGAGUUAGACCCCAGGGAUCCCAGCAAAGCUCUCUACAGGAGGCCUAACUGAUGCUUCUCAAAGAUGUCCAGAGAAGAUCUGCAUUGGAUUCAUCUGGAAGAAGCCGUGCUGUUACAAGUGCUCAGACCUCUCCCCCACCCCCAGCCCGCCCCAUCCCACUGGAUCAGGAUCUGAAGGACUAAGCCUGUCAACAGGUACUAGAGUUGACAGAGAAAAUAUAGGACAUGAGUUAUGUUUGAAUUUCAAAUAAAUAGCAAAUUAUUUUAGGAUGAAUAUGUCCUAAAAACAGUAUGGAGUGUAUUUAUACUAAAAAUAUUUGUUUAUCUCAAGUUUGACAAGGCAUCCUGUAUUUUUAUUUGCUAAAUCUGGCAACCCUUAUCUGCACUGAACACGCUCCCUAGGCUGCACAUCCAAGUCAGGACCACAGUUUGAAUGUGUCUCCUCCAAAAGUUAUGCAUUGGAAACUUAAUCCCCAAUGCAACAGCGUCGAGGGGUGAGGCCUUUGGGAAGCGUUUAGGUGAUGAAAACUCUGUCCUCAUGAAUAGAUUAACACCACUAUACAAAGGGCUUGCAGGAGUGGGUUCACUCUCUUCUAUUCCUCUGAAGAACUUGAAGACACAACAUUCCUCUUCCCCACAAGACAUAGAAAUGUGGCACCAUUUUGGAACCAGAGACCAAACCUGCCGGCACCUUGAUCUUGGACUUCCUAGCCUCCAGAACUGUGAAAGAAUAAAUUUCCAUUCUUUAUAAAUUACCCAAUCUGGCCAGGUGUGGUGGCUCACGCCUGUAAUUCCAGCACUUUGGGAGGUCAAGGAGGGCAGAUCACCUGAGGUCAGGAAUUCAGGACCAGCCUGGCCAACAUGGUGAAACCCUGUCUCUACUAAAAAUACAAAAAUUAACCAGGCAUGGUGGUGUGCACCUAUAAUCCCAGGUACUCAGGAGGCUGAGGCACGAGAAUCGCUUAAACCGGGAGGUGGAGGUAGCAGUAAGCCAGGAUCACACCACUGCACUCCAGCCUGAGUGACAGAGCGAGACUCCAUCUCAAAGAAAAAAAAACAAUUACCCAAUCUGUGGUAUUCUGUCAUAGCAACACAAACAGGCUAAGACAGUCAGAGAACCACUGGCCAAGACUUUGGUAAAGUCCCCAAGGCAAUGCCACCCAGGGGCCUCUGGGGCAUCAGCCAGGCAACAGUCCCCACGCAACCCAUAUCCGACUUAUAUCAUCAUGUGCCUCCUUUCCUCUUUGAAUUUCAUCAAAUUCCUUCUAGAGCACUGGCAUUGCUCUCCUCACCCUGGACCCCCUAGUUUGCCCAGUCCAAGGGAGAGACUUUCCCAUUGUAGUCUAUGGGGGAUUGGCGCUCUCUGGAGUUGUGCAGAGCUCAGCAUGUGAGGCUGGGAUGUCUCCAUCCAGAAGAUGGGACGUGGUGCAACCCAGCAUCGCUGUGAAGAUUUGCAAAGCAAUGCUGGACAGUGAACGAGUAUUUCAGAAGAAUAGACCUAAGUCAUGUUCUUGGGAGGGACGUAGACUCUACAGGGUGGUCUUCAGCAGGAAAUCAAUCUUUCUGGAGGUGAUGGAUGAUUUUGUUCAGAUACUUCUAUUGAAAAUGAGCAGCAGUUUGCAGUGGAUAUGCCCGUGCCCCUUGUCUCUCCAUCUGUGAGAUUAGCUGUCAUCUUCCAUUCCCUCAUCAGACCUGGAGCCCAGACUCCUCCUCCCCACCACACCCUACUCCCAGAACCAAUAGAAACUGAGCGAAGGAGAAAGCAUUGGCAUAUAGCAGAUGCAUGAGUAGCAGGUCCAGUGGGACCUGAGCCCAAAGGAGGGGAAGAGGAAAGCCAGGGAGCUCCCUAUUAGCCACCCUGAGGGCCAAGGAGUGAGACUAAGUGGUGAGACCAGGGCCAGGUGCCUGGUUGUGCUGUGGACUCCUGUCCCACAUGCCAGUCAGGAAGUCCUGGCCUCCAUCAGGGCCAGGCAUCCACUGUUGAAGAGAUGGGUGAGACAUGGUUCAGAGCAGGUGGGGAGGGCACCACCCAGGGCCACUCAACAGGCUGUGGCUUAGUCUCGAAGGGGAUGCCUGAGCAGUGAGGAGCAACCUUCACCGGGGAGCUGCCUUGGGAGAAAGAGCAGAGAAGUCCUGGAAUCUCCUCCCUGGGCAGUAGCUCGAGCUACACCCAUGAGAGGCCACCUCGCCGGUCAUGUGAUCUCACUUUAAGCCUCACAGUAACCUGCAUGGCAGCGAGCACUGUGUUUCUCUGCUGCAGAUGAGAAAACCGAGGAGGUAAGACUGGGCAGGUAGACACGUGGGCACUUUGGCGAUUGAGCCCAUAAGUCACUUCCAACCACUAGGCUCAGCCUGUGGCCAGGAAGGCAGUGCCCAGGCUGCUUGCGUAAGUCCACUUGGGUCAGUGCGCUGAGGGGUGUGGAAGUUUUAAAAAUACACAAAGUCCAAAGCCCAUGACUGACUCACUGACAUCCAGGGAGACCACACACCAGCAACCUCCAUCCGAGGCUGGUCAUUUCAUCUUGAAUGCACAGGGGCCCAUCAGGAGACUUGGUGGCCAUGUGGGAUCCAUCUAGAAGGUGGUAGGAGGGGGACUGGGACCUACCAUGCUGGGCAUGAGGGGAAGCCAGAACCUCUCAACCUGACCUGUGCGGCCACACCUGAGGCCCUGGGUCAGAGUCCUGGGCAGAGAACUAAGUGGGCAGCUGUACCCCACAGGGUGCUGGUGCUGGCAGAGGCCUCCAGGCGUCCCCGGGCCCUACCCCAUUCCCGAGGGUCCAGGCUGGAAGCCCUUCCCCCAGAUCUUACUCCCACAUUCACAGAGAAGCCGUGGCCUGAACUGAGCCUCAAAAAAUGUUUGGGGGUGACAAUGGCUGAAAGCAUCAUUGUGCCCACAGGGGCUCAAUGAUUUGAUUUGGUUGUGUCCCCACCCUAAUCUCAUCUUGAAUUGUAGCUCCCAUAAUUCCCACGUGUUGUGGGAAGGACCCGGUAGGAGAUGCUUGAAUUAUGGGGGCAGUUUCCCGCAUACUGCUCUCUUGGUAGUGAAUCAGUCUCACAAGAUCUGAUGGUUUUAUAAGGGGCUUCCCAUUUCACAUGGCUCUCAUUCUCUCUUAUCUGCCAACAUGGAAGACAUGCCUUUUGCCCUCCACCAUGAUUGUGCGGCCUCCGCAGCCACCUGGAACUGUGAGUCCAUUAAACCUCUUUUUCUUUAUAAAUUACCCAGUCUCAGGUAUGGCUUUAUCAGCAACAUGAAAAUGGACUAAUACACUCAGGAAGCUGGGUGGUGCCCAGGUCAGGGAGAAGGGAACCUGGGAUAAGAAAGGCUCUGAGAUGAGGUGCCUCUGUGCAGCCGUCCCGGAAACAAAGCAGCCAGAAAAGAAGUCUUCGUGGCUACAGUCUGAGUUCUCGGCUCCACAGCCCAUUGUGACAUCACCUGGGGGCUCUGGAUCUGAGCUGGGGGCUGUCAGCUUCACUCCCUCAGCCCUGGCCUCUGUCACCCCCCGGGCCCACAGCACAGCCCAGGGCCAUGCUCCUGUUCUCAGUGUUGCUGCUCCUGUCCCUGGUCACAGGAACUCAGCUCGGUCCACGGACUCCUCUCCCAGAGGCUGGAGUGGCUAUCCUAGGCGGGGCUAAGGGAGCCCACCGCCCUCAGCCCCCUCAUCCCCCCGGCCCAGUCAUUGAAUGUGGUGACAGAUCCAUUUUCGAGGGAAGAACUCAGUAUUCCAGAAUCACAGGGGGGAUGGAGGUGGAGGUGGGUGAGUUACCGUGGCAGGUGAGUAUUCAGGCAAGAAGUGAACCUUUCUGUGGCGGCUCCAUCCUCAACAAGUGGUGGAUUCUCACUGCGGCUCACUGCUUAUAUUCCGAGGAGCUGUGUCCAGAAGAACUCAGUGUCGUGCUGGCGACCAACGACUUAACUAGCCCAUCCAUGGAAAUAAAGGAGGUUGCCAGCAUCAUUCUUCACAAGGACUUUAAGAGAGCCAACAUGGACAAUGACAUUGCCUUGCUGCUGCUGGCUUCGCCCGUCAAGCUCGAUGACCUGAAGGUGCCCAUCUGCCUCCCCACGCAGCCUGGCCCUGCCACAUGGCACGAAUGCUGGGUGGCAGGCUGGGGCCAGACCAAUGCUGCGGACAAAAACUCUGUGAAAACAGAUCUGAUGAAAGCGCCAAUGGUCAUCAUGGACUGGGAGGAGUGUUCAAAGAUGUUUCCAAAACUUACCAAAAAUAUGCUGUGUGCCGGAUACAAGAAUGAGAGCUAUGAUGCCUGCCAGGGUGACAGUGGGGGGCCUCUGGUCUGCACCCCAGAGCCUGGUGAGAAGUGGUACCAGGUGGGCAUCAUCAGCUGGGGAAAGAGCUGUGGAGAGGAGAACACCCCAGGGAUAUACACCUCGUUGGUGAACUACAACCUCUGGAUCGAGAAAGUGACCCAGCUAGAGGGCAGGCCCUUCAAUGCGGAGAAAAGGAGGACCUCUGUCAAACAGAAACCUAUGGGCUCCCGAGUCUCGGGAGUUCCAGAGCCAGGCAGCCCCAGAUCCUGGCUCCUGCUCUGUCCCCUGUCCCAUGUGUUGUUCAGAGCUAUUUUGUACUGAUAAUAAAAUAGAGGCUAUUCUUUCAA